AUGGAUGUAGCAUAUAAUCAACACUCUCCACACUCUCGCCAUAAUAACCGCUCCUCACUGAAUCUCAAUCAUCUUACUCUCGCCCCAUUAACCUCUCGGCUUCCUCUAUCAGAUCAUGACGCCGUUCCGGAAACUGGCUAUCACGUAUCAUAUAUCGAGGGCCGGUCUGCGCCAACAACACCAUCCAUACUGUCCCGAUCAUCGUCGCGCGUGUCUCUUCAGAGGAAUUCAAAUGCAGGUCUCACAAAGAGCAAAUCGAGCACCCAAUUGCUGGCCAGUCGGCACCGGUCCGGCACUACAACACCUGGCGGAAUAAACUUACGAAGAGGAGGCACAAGAGAUGGCUUAGGCCAUCUUACUGCUAAAAACCGGAGUGACGUGGAUUGGCUUCUCCGAGCUGGUACGGCAAUUGCAUCUUCGACAAGAGAAUCGAAAGGUCAGGCCUGGCUUGUUUCAAGAGCUAGUUCCACCAGUUUAACUGGACAACGGGAUGAAGACGAAGAGGAAUUGGAACGAGAACUUGCAAGGGAUAGGGAACUGUCCAGCAGAAGGGGUAGUGCGGCCGGCGCUGAUGCUGAUGAUGAGUAUUCGCCCUUAACAGCAAGGAGGAGUUUGAGUUUUGAACCCGCUACCGGGACUGGGAGCCGUCCAUUGAGCCGAUUCGGUAGCCGGGUGAAUAGUAGGAGAGGAAGCAGGGUUCAAUUGGCCACCCCCCUAGCUGGAGAAAGGGAAGGGUAUUUUGACCAGCACUACUUUUCUCAAGAGGAGUUCGUGGCUGAACCAGACUUUGUGGAUGUUGAGGACGAAGGAUUUGAAGACGAGAGAGAGGCAAAGGAGGAUGAAGAUCUCGUCAGGAAACUGGCCCGUGCAAGUAAUCUCGGGCUGGGGGGUUGGGUCGGGAAAAUGCUAGGAUGGAGUUUGUUUGCUGUUGAUGAAGAUGGUGAAGAGACAGAGGCUGAUAUGUCGGAUGGAAAGGCUGAGGAUUCAGAACUUUCCUCGAGGGCCUCGAAAAGGAACCUUAAUGACAUUACGAAUCCGCCUAUCGAAGAUCGAAUGCCUCCUCUUAGAGAUGACGAUGCUGGGGGAUGGCAAGAUGCGGCAUGGUUACUCAGCGUAGCAUCGAAGGUGCUUCUGUGA